GUCAACUGCUCGUACGCUCACAGCAACGCUUCAAGGGUUCAAUUUUUGAUUUCAUUAUUUCUUUCAUGGUCCAAUGAUUCGACUCGACCAUUCCAGGAUGUGGCCUCCAUCAACGCAUUCUCUCAGGGUCAUCCGGUCAAUGUGUUGACCCCUGGGGACGUCAUGGCCUCUGGCGAAAUCAACAUCGAGGGGGAAUCCUACGUGCGGCUAACGUGGGUUCUUCCAAAUGGGGGCCAAGUGGGUUUUUACAAAUGUUCGGCCGAGGGAUACGACAACGUGGGUCACAAUGUCAUAGAGUCUGACGUCAUCGAGGUUAAAGGCAAGACGCCUGAUGUAAGCCAGCUGUUACUCGCGAUCAGAAACCUCACGUUUCGCCAGAAAGAGACGGACGAGACCGUGGAAGAAUUGAAGAGAAAUAUCUCAAGCCUGGCGAGUCAGUUAUGUAACGGCACAGAAAUCAAGCCUGUCGCUUCUACUUCUCCGAGGACCCUAACCACCUCUACUUCUCCGAGCACCCUAACCACCUCUACUUCUCCGAGCACCCUAACCACCUCUACUUCUCCGAGCACCCUAACCACUUCUACUUCUCCGAGGACCCUAACCACUUCUACUUCUCCGAGGACCCUAACCACUUCUACUUCUCCGAGGACCCUAACCACUUCUACUUCUCCAAGGACCCUAACCACUUCUACUUCUCCGAGCGUCCUGACAUGGCUGAGCUCCAACGCUCUGACCCAUUUGUAUUCCAACCAAGAAGUUUACUACUUAUCAAAACAACAGUACUUGAACGUUUCGAAGGCUCAAGAGUUCUGUGAAAUUAUCGGUGGCUACCUGAUAGAAAUCGAUGACGUCACGGAGUACGUGAGCAUACUACCCUUGCUGUCCCUGAUCCAAGACCGUACAGCAAUGGCUUACACCGGUGGAAGCGAAGAACAAAGGGAAGGACAUUGGAUAUUCCGGACAAGCGGCCGCCCAGUCGCGUACUUCAACUGGGUGUCGGGUCAAGAUUUUCAAGACACAAGUCACAACUGUUUAACGUUGUUUCAGGAGUAUGACUGGAAAAUGUUGUCGAGUUUCUGCUCGAAUCAGAAUUAUAUGUACUAUGCCUUAUGCGAGCGUGCCAUCUAG